AUGACCUACGACACUGAGGAAGAUGACGAUUCGUAUAAAAUCAACAUAAGAUUAGAGGAUGACGAGGACAGCAAACGAAAACGGUCUUUCGAAAAAGGGCUCAGCACACUUUUAGACGACAAGUAUUUUUUGCUCCUCUACGUGCCUGAGAAUGGAUCCAAGAUGAAAGUUAUACGACCUGCCAAUGACGCAUACCAUCGGAAGCGCAUCAUCCAAAGAAUCAAUGAAGAACGACGCACUCCAUCUUUUUAUUACGCCUUAUCGCAUCUUUGGGGUCUCACAGAAAACAACCGAUAUCACUGGAAUGAUAUCAGUGAAUACGUUGACGACGAACAAGGACAACCAAUGAAACCUGUUUCCAUGCGACCCGAGAAACGAGAUGCAUUACUUACAAUGCUCCAGGACCAUCCUGACAGCUAUUGGUGGAUCGAUGUCUUGUGUGCACGCACCGAUACCCCACUUGAUAUCAUGGGAGAUAUUUACGCCUGUUGCCUUGAAUGUAUUGUCAUGAUCGAUUGUCAGCGAAGCCUUAUACCGAAAAUUUACUCAUACUACUGGCAGCCACAUCAAACGUCGAGUUCCCAGCUAAUUGAAGUCUUGGAUAUAUUCUUACAAAGCCAAUGGUGGUAUCGUGUAUGGACCUGGCAGGAGAUGGCUCUCCCUGUUGGUGAUGUGCGAUUUAUGGCUGAAACAGAUAUUCAUCGACUCCAACGCAACACAAUCACUCUGAAGAAAUUACUCAUAUGCUAG